AUGCCCUUCUAUGCACUUCUUUUAAGUGUAGAGUCUAAAAAUCUGGCAACUACAUAUCUCCUGCCCUUGCCAGCUAAAACCUCUGCUUGGAUUCUACCAACUAAAGGUUUUGAACUUUCACAUUGUGAGGAUCCUGGCAUCCCACAAUUUGGAUACAAAAUCAGCGACCAAGGGCAUUUUGCUGGUAGCACUAUCAUUUAUGGAUGCAAUCCAGGCUACACUCUCCAUGGAAGCAGCCUUCUCAAGUGCAUGACAGGGGAGAGAAGGGCAUGGGACUAUCCUCUGCCAUCCUGUAUUGCUGAAUGUGGAGGCCGUUUUAAAGGAGAAUCAUCAGGAAGAAUUUUAUCUCCUGGUUAUCCCUUUCCAUAUGACAAUAAUCUGCGUUGCAUGUGGAUGAUUGAGGUAGAUCCAGGAAACAUUGUCAGCCUGCAGUUUCUUGCUUUUGAUACGGAAGCAUCACAUGAUAUACUCCGAGUUUGGGAUGGUCCACCUGAAAAUGAGAUGCUUUUAAAGGAAAUUAGUGGGUCUCUUAUUCCCGAAGGAAUCCAUAGCACUCUCAACGUAGUGACCAUUCAGUUCGACACAGAUUUUUAUAUCAGCAAAUCUGGAUUUGCAAUUCAGUUUUCAAGUUCAGUUGCCACUGCAUGUCGUGACCCAGGGGUUCCUAUGAAUGGAACUCGAAAUGGGGAUGGACGAGAACCUGGAGACACUGUGAUUUUUCAGUGUGACCCAGGAUAUGAACUUCAAGGAGAGGAAAGAAUAACCUGCAUUCAGGUAGAAAAUCGAUACUUCUGGCAGCCCAGCCCUCCAGUUUGUAUAGCACCCUGUGGAGGCAAUUUAACAGGAUCUUCAGGAUUUAUUCUUUCACCAAACUUCCCUCAUCCAUAUCCCCAUAGUAGGGACUGUGACUGGACUAUCACCGUCAAUGCAGACUAUGUUAUCUCCUUGGCAUUUAUCAGUUUUAGCAUAGAACCAAACUAUGAUUUCCUCUAUAUAUAUGAUGGGCCAGACAGUAAUAGUCCCUUGAUUGGAAGCUUUCAAGACAGCAAAUUACCGGAGAGGAUAGAAAGCAGCUCAAAUAACAUGCAUUUGGCUUUUCGGAGUGAUGGAUCUGUUAGUUACACUGGAUUUCAUUUAGAAUAUAAAGCAAAACUCCGAGAGUCCUGCUUUGAUCCAGGCAAUAUAAUGAAUGGCACCAGACUGGGAAUGGAUUAUAAAUUAGGGUCAACAGUAACCUAUUACUGUGAUGCUGGUUACAUUCUUCAAGGAUAUUCAACACUUACCUGUAUCAUGGGAGAUGAUGGAAGACCUGGAUGGAAUAGAGUCUUACCAAGUUGUCAUGCACCAUGUGGAAGUCGUUCAACAGGUUCAGAAGGCACUGUUCUAUCACCAAACUAUCCAAAAAAUUACAGUGUGGGACAUAAUUGUGUUUAUUCUAUAGCAGUUCCCAAGGAGUUUGCACCUAGUUUCUAUGACAGCAGUGAAUAUAAAAAGACAGCAAAGGGCAUUUCAGCUCAUCUUGUCAACCUGACAAUCUGUUCUACUUUGGCACUGAGAAGACAAUGUGUCCUUUGCUGA